AUGUCCUGGAGCCUAAAAAGCAAUGAUUCAUUAAGGAUUGAGUUAAUUGCGAACUCUCUCAGUUGCAAUGUUACGCUACCAGUUGAGGAAAAGGAUGUGUGAAAACUUACAGCUUGUUUUGUUGAUCCAGUUUCUUGGAGUAUUUACACUGUCUAUAGGAGGCUCUGCAGCAACUCAUUGAGGCUCCUCAGACAGCACCUUGCAGACCCACCACCGCAACCAGGUGGAAGGACAAGGGCAACACGUUACAGAUACCACACAAUGGGAUCUCUUAAAUACAUCAAAAUUCUGGUGUUAAUGGCUAUUGCACAAGAUCUGCCCAGACUUCAGGGCAGCCACGAUAGCAUAGCGGUUAGCCCAGCACUGUUUCAGCUCGGGCCGUCAGAGUUCAAUUCCAGUGUCAUACGUCGGGCUCAGGACAGGAUCAUCGGAGGCUUUGAAGUCGUGCCCCACUCUCUCCCAUUCCAAGCCUCCUUACAGAUACGAUCCGUUCAUUACUGCAGUGGGAGUCUAAUUAACCUCUCCUGGAUCCUCUCUGCAGCCCACUGUGUGAAACCUCCGUAUCUCAUCACAGUCGUCCUUGGUGAACACAGUCUGUCCAAGUCGGAUGGUAGUGAGGCGUAUUACAAGGUGUCCAAACUUAUCCUCUUCCCCUACUACCAGCCUGCAACGUUCAAACAUGACAUCAUGCUUCUGAAGAUUAACAAGCGAGUGAAACAGAGCGCAUAUAUCAGCCCCAUACCAAUUCCAACAUCCACAAGGAGGGUGCCGAAAGACACGAUAUGUACCGUCUCAGGAUGGGGCGUCACCAGUGUUUACAGUUACAGCCUGUCGGAUGUGCUCAUAGCUGUUCAGGUUCCAAUCAUCUCAAAUUACAUGUGCAAUAGACCUUCCUCCUACAACGGCAGAAUUAAUUACUACAUGAUCUGUGCGGGAUAUCGCCAGGGAGGCAAGGAUUCUUGUCAGGGUGACUCUGGAGGGCCACUGAUCUGUGACGGAAUAAUUCAAGGAAUCGUCUCCUGGGGGAUCAGCUGUGCACAUGGAAGAUACCCAGGCGUUUACACCAACGUGGCUAAAUACAUAAAGUGGAUAGGAAACAAAAUAAGAUUUUGA